AUGCCCGGCGCUUUCGGUGCAGAACCUACGCAGUCCCAGAGCCCAGAAACAACCCAAGAGCAAAUCUCAGCUCAAAAAUCUGGCCAGGAGUACAAUGACACCGACUCUAGAGGCGACUCUAGACCUGGUGGAAGUAGAAAAGAUGCAGCCAAGAAACGUAUCGAGAACUCACACGGACACGCCCCAGGUGGAGAGGAUAAGCGUGGGUACGGCCAUACCAUCCUUAAGCUCGUUGGCGUUUCUACCUCAUCCUCCGAGGAAAGGCGACUGAUGCGCCUUAACACCGAGCUCAGAAAAAUAGAAAAGAAGAAUGACGAUCUUCAUACGAAAAAUGAGCAGCUUUCCGGCAGAAUUCAGGAGCUUGAACAGCUCGCUGACAACCGCAUGACGAUAAUCAAUCGACAAAAACAAGAAAUCAAAGUCAGGGAUGACCGACUAGCGCAAUUCGCAGAUGAACAACAAGGAUUAGAGGAUCAAAUUCGCACCGCCCAACUAGCAAUGAGCAAGAGAUCUGCCAGACCCAAAGUCGAUCUAGUUGACGAUGAGAGGACAAUCAAGGGAAACUUUAUGAAUCUCCACGAUGAAGUCAGGAAAUGGAGCAAGGCUUGGGGUUCAGCAGAUUUCUCUAUUGUCGACAAUUUAAGCGGCGAGGACAAAGGAAAGUUUUUAGAGCAGCUUGGUAAAGUCGUGGCACUUGAGGGUGGACAGGUUCCGCAUUCUCUGAGAGCUUCAGAUAUGACUACGAGAUCAUCUGUACUUUGCGUAUCAGCCAUGCUUGGGCGAUAUCUUUGUGCUCAUGUAUUUGAAGAUCCGUUCCGGCCUAUCAGACCGCUAGUCGCCCGCACUAUCACCAUGCUACCGGCCGCGGAUCAAGAUGAGACAAUCCAGCAGGAAAGCUCAAAACAAAAGAGCUUAGUGAUGUAUGAGGAUGACACUCUGAGUAAAGUGUACCACAAGCUAUCUUGCCUAAAUCAAGCAAGAGCACAAGUUUGGAGGAGCGACAUACUAUCCAUACUCGACCCAAAACCAAGUGAUGGAGCACCUGAGGAGGUAUACCGGGCACAAGAAGACGCAGAAAACCGACGCAGACAAACUGCUGCAGAAUUAACUGCAGAUUUCUUGGAUUCUCGAGUCGCCGUCCUACUCCCGCCGGUUGAGCCUGAAGAUGUUGCUAAAAGACACGAGCAGCUGCAGUCAAUUUUUCAGACAGCACUGGACAUUUCUGGGAGACUGUGGAAACAAUUAACGAUUGUGAAAUGUAGUUAUCUCGAGGAUCUCAACCAUGAAUCGUUUACCUACGAAUCGGACUAUAUGGACGCACAUGCCUUUCAUAAAUUAGGGUUAGAUGACGAAAGCGAAAAUCGUCUUGACCACCACAAAAUUCGUAUCGUUUGUUUCCCUACUAUCAAGGGGUAUGGAAGCAGUACUGGAGAAAACUAUCAUCAAGAUCGUGUCUGGGGGAAGGCUAUUGUAUGGUUGGACGAAUGA